ACCUUCAGUCCUCUGUAGCCUACCUGACCGUGUAUUUAACUGCCAAUGUCACAAAGGACAGUACAAGACCCUCAUAUCCUUACAGACAUGGAUUUAACAGCCAACGUUGGGCUCUCAGUAGAGAGCUUGGUGCUCGUCGUCGGAUAUAUCACGCUCUUGUAUUACCUGUUGAACUGGUCGUGGAAAUGUUGGUGUGGAUUCAAGGUCUACAUCCAAUCAGAAUUUUGGCAAGUUGACUUGAGAGCGUACGGACAGUGGGCUGUUGUUACUGGAGCCACUUCUGGAAUUGGUCUAGCCUAUGCCCACGAGUUAGCAAGAAGAGGCUUGGACAUUGUCCUGAUUAGUCGGUCGAUGAAGAAGCUUCAGAGUGUAGCAGCAGAAAUAGAGAGUCGUUUUGGCCGUCAGACCCGUGUCAUUCAGACAGACUUCACAGAAGGUCACCAUAUCUACCCUGCAAUAACAGAGGAUCUGAAAGACCUGGAGAUCGGCAUUCUGGUGAACAAUGUCGGCAUGAACUACAGUGGAGUGUUGACCAACUUUUUGGACGUCCCUAACUGUGAACAGAGAAUAACCAACAUGAUCAACUGCAACGUCCUCUCCGUCACUCAGAUGACCAGGAUACUUCUGCCAUGCAUGGUUGAAAGGAGGAAAGGACUUGUAAUUAACAUGUCCUCAGAAGCUGGCUUCCAGCCACAGCCCAUGGUGACUUUGUACUCUUGUACUAAGAUUUUUGUGACCUAUUUCUCAAGAUGUCUAAAUGCCGAGUACAGAUCAAGCGGGAUCACAGUUCAGUGUGUUGCUCCCUUCCUGGUGCACACAAACAUGACUCGGCACAUUGGUGUGAAUCCUCUGGUGAAGAGCGCCCCAGAGUUUGCCCGUGAGGCCCUCAACACAGUUGGCUAUUCCACAUACACCAGUGGCUGCGUGGCACACGCUCUGCAGCACAUUGCUCUGUCCACCUUCUUUCCGGACUGGGUGCGUCUCUCCUCCUUCUGCGUGGGGCACCUAGAGGACUACGCCGUCGGCGUUCGCCAGCAGCUGAAGGAAUCCAUGGCUGAGCACCCCUACAAGGAGGACUAAAGACAGAGGAGCACACGUGUGCGCAUGGACGUUCAUUCAGUGCAACUCUGAACUACAGCAGGCUUUGAAAGUUUGCGCUCGAGUUUGAAGGUGUUGUAUGUACAGUGUGUGAUUGUCUACGGGCUAAACUGUUGUGUAACACAUCAGUCACUACUCCAUAGGAAGAACACAGCAAGGGGUUACUGCCGACUUCUGGCCUUACUGUUACAUGAAUCACUUUGCAUAGGACAGUGUUUAUUACAUUUCUACAAAGUAUAUAUACAGGUAAUCAAGUAUGGCAACUGUGUGAGAAUGUACAGAUAUAUGUUCUUUUAACAUAUGAAACCUGAGAGGCUGUCUGGCCUUGUGAGACUAAUGUAUGUACAUAAACCAAAGCAUAAAACUGACACAUGCAGUGUAUGAGAUUCUCACUGGACUGUAUGAUUAUAUUCAUGACUGAACUCCAAUGCACAAUGUAGAUUGAUGUGAUUUAAUAGGAUAUUGAAAUAUUAUAUGUAAAAUAAGAUACAUAUUUUAUCAAACAUUUUCUCAGGAUAAUUUCAGACAAGUGAAGAUUAAACUAAUAUCCCUGUCUUGCUCUGCGAAGUAUACAGUUGUUCCUCCAAUAUAAGUUUCUCACAGUUCUGUCUCAGUUUCAAAAUAAAUUAAAACAAAGUCAC